AUGCGUGACCACGAGCUGGAGCACGAAAAACCGUACCAAUGCCACAUAUGUGGCGUACGCCUCAAGAAGCAGACUUUCCUGAAUCAGCAUCUCACCAUCCAUACGGGCGAACGCAACUACAAAUGCGAAGUAUGCGGACUCGCAUUUCGAACAUCGAGCAAUCUGAAAGGACACAUGGAAGUUCAUAACGAUACGAAAAAGUUCGAAUGCAACCGCUGUGAAGCUACGUUCGCUCAGGAGAGAUAUCUCAAGAAACACAUGAAAACACAUUCGACCGCGAAACCAUUCUCCUGCUCCGUUUGCGCCUACAGAGCACGGACCAGCUAUGAUUUGAAAGAACACAUGUGGGUCCAUUCUUCUGUGAAGCCCCAUAAAUGCUCGAAGUGCGAAGCGAGUUUCAGUCGUAGGAAUUACCUUGAGAACCAUAUAACAAUAAAGACUAAAAUCACUCCCAACAUUCGCGCGACCGCCGACAAUCGUUAUUCGGAGAGAAUUCUCUUUUCCGUUCCGGAUCAUUUAUCCUCCCUUCCUAACAUACGCAUCAUCUUUGUAGAAAUGAUGAAAGAAAAUUUGUGUUUCGGUCAAUACGGAGAUGCCAAUGCCAAUAUAAUCGACACCAUCGCCCGACAGCCUCAAAGUGGAGCCCGACGAGAGAAGAGAUUCUCUUGCAGAUUCUGUGAAUACACGUCGGCUAAUGGCUCUCACGUCAAACGUCACGAACUGCGUCAUACUGGUAGGGAACCACAUUACUGCCGAUACUGCGGUAAAGCGAUCGCGAGGAAAGACGACCUUAAACGGCAUGAGCGGACUCACGAGCGAAAAUUCACCUGCCCUAUGUGCCCUUGUGGUUACGACACUCAGGAGCUCCUAUUUGACCAUCUCUUAGUGCGACACAAAGUUUUUCAAACUUCGAAACGCUGA